ACGCCAUUUUUGUUGCACAAAGUACUUCUCCGCAACUUUUGGACAUAAGCGCUCACUGUUCCAAAGCUUGAAUCUUCAGACCGAGAAAAACUUUCUUCUUCCUCAAAACUUCAACGAGUUCGAUUUCGAUUGGAACAUAAGGUCGUAAAAGGUUUCAACUCUUCUUUCAAGAACUAGUACCCUCAACAUGGCUUUGGCAAGAGUAAGUAGAAGUACCUUGAGAAGAUCAGAAGUCACCGUUAACAACAUGUUCAAUGAAGUACCAACCAAACACAACUUUUCCACACCCUCCCUUGCAAACGCCACUAGAGAUGGCAAUUUUUCUUACCUUUCUGGCAUUAGAAAGGCGAAUAAUGCGAGUUUAUUUAGUAGAGGAAUAAGUGUUGUCCCACAUUACCAAUCUCCUGUUGCCGAGAGGAUUAUUGACGAAUCGGAUGCGGAGUGUGAGGAGACGAGGUAUCCAGGACUAGAAGCAACCAGGCCAAGCGAAAAACCGAGGGUGGUUGUCCUUGGAACCGGCUGGGCUGCUUGUCGAUUCCUCAAGGGACUGGACACAAAGAUUUAUGAUGUCGUCUGUAUAUCGCCUAGGAAUCAUAUGGUCUUCACUCCUUUGCUUGCUUCAACUUGUGUGGGGACCUUGGAGUUCCGAUCAGUGGCUGAACCCGUUAGUCGAAUUCAGUCUGCGCUGGCGUCGAAUCCCGGUUCAUAUUUUUACUUAGCCACCUGUAAUGGCAUUGAUACAGACAAACAUGAGUUGUAUUGUGAGACGGUUGCCAACGGUGGAUUACCUCAUGAGCCUUACAGAUUCAGAGUUGCUUAUGACAAGCUUGUUAUAGCUGCUGGAGCUGAGCCCUUGACAUUUGGUAUCAAGGGUGUGAAGGAACACGCCUUUUUCCUUCGUGAGGUUAAUCAUGCUCAAGAGAUCAGGAAGAAGCUCCUCUUGAACUUGAUGCUCUCUGAAAAUCCAGGAAUAUCAAUGGAAGAAAGGAAACGCCUUCUACAUUGUGUUGUCAUUGGUGGUGGUCCUACUGGUGUGGAGUUCAGUGGUGAAUUGAGUGAUUUUAUCAUGAGAGAUGUUUGUGAAAGUUAUUCCCAUGUCAAGGACGACAUCCAAGUGACCCUUAUUGAGGCAAAUGAGAUCUUGUCUUCCUUUGAUGUGGGGCUAAGGCAAUAUGCAACGAACCAUUUAACAAAAUCUGGUGUUCGCCUAAUGCGUGGUGUUGUGAAAGAAGUGCAUGCCAAAAAGAUAGUUCUCAAUGACGGAACUGAUGUUCCUUACGGCCUCUUGGUGUGGUCCACAGGUGUUGGACCGUCAGACUUUGUGAAAUCACUCCAUCUUCCCAAGUCUGCUGGUGGAAGGAUUGGUGUGGAUGAGUGGCUGCGGGUUCCUUCCGUAGAAGAUGUGUUUGCACUAGGAGACUGCGCCGGUUUUCUUGAACAGACAGGAAGGCCAGUUCUUCCAGCCUUGGCUCAGGUUGCGGAACGACAGGGAAAGUAUCUGGUGGAGUCGUUUAACAAGAUUGGGAAGCAGAACGGAGGCAAGGCUUUCAGCGCAAAAGACGUCCCUUUUGGAGAGCCUUUUGUGUACAAGCACCUAGGAAGUAUGGCCUCAGUUGGCAGCUACAAGGCUCUUGUUGAUUUACGACAGUCCAAGGACUCUAAGGGUAUAUCACUUGCUGGGUUCGUUAGCUGGCUGAUUUGGCGCUCCGCCUAUCUGACACGCGUCGUAAGCUGGAGGAACAGGUUUUACGUAGCGGUUAACUGGGCGACCACGCUUGUGUUUGGCAGAGAUAACUCCAGAAUUGGUUGAACAACACUACUGCAGCCAUUGACGAUUGUUAUAUUGAUUCGAAGCUAUGCACUGCAGUUACUGAAGUUUUGAAUUUUGAUAUCUUCGUUUGUUAUUUAAUUCAAAUAUUGAUAUGGGGUAACUAGUGAGUCCUGGAAAAUGGGAAGUAGGAAUUUAAGAAGAGCAAUUCAGGUGAGUGCAUUGGGCGCACCAACCACAACUGAACCUUAACUAAUGUACUUAGCACCAGAAAAAAUAAAAAAACAAAAAAAUACUUGGUAGUGAAUGUAAUAGCUCGAUUUAUGAUCUUUAACACCAGUCUUAAGGCUUGUUUACUUUGUAGUGACAUAAGUUCCUCCUUGCAACUCGUGAAUUAAGAAUUCUUACAACAACAAAA